AUAACGUGACUGAGGGGUUAUUAAACGGUUUAAUGAUGUAAGGUAGUUUUAAUAUCAUAAUUGACAUGUCGUUAAUAUCAAAAUUAUCAUGUCAUUUUUAAUAUCAAAAUUAACAUCCCAUACAUCUACUAACGGUUAUAGAUACCAUUUGGGCUGUAUUUUGAUACUGUUUAGACCGCAGGAUUUGAGAUAUCAAGUGGUAUGUAGCGGACAAAAAAGGCCACCAAUAGUACAUACACCCACCUAAAAUGGCCUCGCCAUCUAACUCACCCAAUAAACGUAUAGUAAA